AUGGGCCUCGUUUCCAUGGUGUGCGUGUGGUCGAUGGUGAUUGCGAUUAGUUUGCAUCAGGUGAACGCUAAUUUUGGAAGUACCAAUUAUAACUACGAUACGGACAUCACGUUUCUCAUCUACGAUUGGACUCAAACCAAGUUCGCGAGACAGACAACCGCCGAGACGAACUUUGCUGCGUUCGGCUGUAAACCCGGAGAUCCUUUUGUGGUUGUAGUGCAUGAUUGGUCCCAGGGUUGCACCAUCACACAAUGGGUGCAAGAAACGCUGAACAACUUCAUCAUCCACCGAAAGGGCUGCAUCCUCUGCCUGGACUUCAGUGUGAUCGCUGACAAUAACGAUUACUUCACCGUGGUUAAGCUGGUAGAUCCGAUCGCACGCACACUGGAGAAGAAACUGCGUCAGUUGCUCAUGUUUGGGAUUCCACCGGCCAAUGGGAUGCUGUACGGAUUCAGUCUUGGAUCGCAGGUCGCUUUCCAGGCCGGACGCAACCUUGCUCCACAGAAGUUGGGACGAAUUGAUGCCUGCGAUCCGGCCGGUGUUGUGUUCGAUUCGAAUAGCACCUACACUGCGCUGAGCGUAAUGGACGCUGCUACGGAGGUACAGUGUAUACACACAAGCAGUGACAUCGGCACGACACUGCGCGUCUGUCACAAGGACUGGCUGAUGGGUUACUGUGGCUGGUUACAGUUUGCGGCCGGUUUGACCAGUUCCCAUGAUCUGUGUACGAUCUUUUACAAUUUAGCCUUCUGGUACGACUUUAAGGCUGUUUCCAAUCCGUACCUUUGUCCCACAUCGCGCGCUGUUACCUCGUGGCCGAAUGGUUUCAAGAUGGGUUACUACAUGCCGCAGGGAAAUGCCCUGAUAGGAGAUCUGUUUGCGAAAACAUCCAAGACAUAUCCGUACAAUUGA